UUCAAAGGUAUUAUAGAGGGUGGAUCUCGACAUUUCUGUUACUGAAAAGAUGCAGCGGUUUUUAGUGAUCUUAGUCGUAGCGCUCAGUCUUCAGGCAUCCGUGGCGGAAUGGUCGUACCAGACGUCGUGGUACGAGAAGGCGCGGGAGGACAAAGUGGCCCGGGGAACCGUCUGGCCCCAGCCGAGGUCUGUGGGCACCACGUCCGCGCGGUUCUCUUUCGACCCGACCAAGUUCAAACUGGUGGCGGACUCCGGCUCAGCAGCAGUGACUAAUAAGGAGUGUAAGGAAAUCGUGGAUCACGCCUUGAGUAGGUAUGCCGAUCUGCUGUUCUGGAUCCCUGAGGACGAGAGCGUGAGCGUGUCUGGGGACGAGACUGUGCAUCAGCUGGUGGUGACCGUGACGUCACCCUGCAGCAGGUAUCCCAGUCUGCACUCGGACGAGUCGUACAGGCUUGAAGUUCCUGCAAGUGGGGACGCGACACUUCGGGCCCAAACCGCAUGGGGAGCUCUUAGAGGGCUGGAGACCUUCAGUCAGCUGGUGUACGAAGACAACGGCAAGCAUGUGAUCAAUAGAACAACCAUCAGUGAUUCUCCCAGGUUUGCACACAGAGGCAUCAUGGUAGACACGGCCAGGCACUUCAUACCUCUCCCAUACAUCCUGCAGAAUCUGGACGCGAUGGCUUACAACAAGAUGAACGUGUUCCACUGGCACAUGGUGGACGAUCAGUCCUUCCCCUUCCAGAGUACCACUUUUCCAGACCUCAGCGGAAAGGGUGCAUACACCAAGAAGCACGUCUACACGCCUGAUGACGUCAGCAAGGUGAUCGAGUUUGCGCGCCUGCGCGGAAUCAGGGUCAUCCCAGAAUUCGAUUCCCCCGGUCACAUGAUGUCGUGGGGUCAAGGUCAUCCGGACCUUCUGACAAGGUGCUCCCCUACGGAUUUCCAGCCGGACAUCUACUCCCUAGGCCCCGCCAACCCUGCCCGGGAGGAGACCUACACCUUCAUGCAGAGGCUGUUCCAGGAGAUCCGGCAAGUCUUCGCGGAUGAAUAUUUCCACCUGGGCGGUGAUGAGGUCAACUUUCAGUGCUGGAUGAGUAAUGAGGAAGUACAACAGUUCAUGCGGCAAAGGGGGUUCCCUAACACUACAGUAGGGUUCGCUGAUCUGCAGGGGUACCACAUGAAAAGGAUACUUGACAUCAUCUACCAUCACUUUCCCCAGAGGACCAGGGGGAUCGUCUGGCAGGACGUGUUUGACACCGCCAUCGUCGGUAACGAUCUCGCGGACGUGAGUAUGAACACGAUCGUCCAUGUGUGGGAGUGGAACCACACGAGGGAGCUGGCCAGAGUUACCCAGGCCGGAUACAAGGCCCUCCUGUCGUCCUGCUGGUACCUAAACCACAUCAGCUACGGACAGGACUGGCCGCAGUACUACGGGUGUGACCCACAGGACUUUCAGGGGACUCAGCAGCAGAAGGACCUGGUUCUGGGUGGGGAGGCCUGUCUGUGGGGUGAAUGGGUGGAUUCUACUAACUUCGUCCCUCGGAUGUGGCCCCGUGCCAGUGCAGUGGCAGAGCGGCUGUGGAGCCCGCAGAGUGUGACUGACUCCGUCGCCGCAUCACCCAGGAUGGAGGAACACAGGUGCAGGAUGGUCAGGCGAGGCAUCCCGGCGCAGCCCCAGGGCCCCAGCUACUGUAAGUACGAGUGGAACAUCCAGAGUGACCUGCCGAACUACCGCCCGGUCAUCACGUCAUCCGGGCCGCGCGUGGCGGCAGCAGGGCUGGUUCACAGCGUGUUUCUGGGCGUCCUGGUGCUAGUGGCUGUCAGAUGCUUACCCUGA